AUGGCCUCGCCUGCUGAGGCUGCUGUGCAGGUCAAUGGCCAUGCUGCUGCAGCUGCUGCUGGCCCGGGGCCGUCGUCUCCAUCAGAGUCUCAACUCGACGGUCCCACCACCACCAAGCGCAAGCGUGAGGCCAGCGACGAUGGAUCAACAAAACUCGAUGAUGCUAACGGGGUCACACCGGUCGUCAAUGAUGAUCAGCUACUCCGCGACGAGAGGACAUUGAUUCGCGACUAUUUUGAUGUGCUUCAAAGAUACGACACGACGCCCUCCAUCCUCAAGCGACCAUUACCAGAUGCUUCUACCGCCGACGAACCCCAGUCUAAGCGACACAAGUCCGAUGAGGAUGUCUCUACACCCCGGUGCAUUGAGGACAAGGUCAAUUCGGAUGCCUACAAGUUACUUGACCAGCUCGUUCUGGACCUCAAGAAGGUUAUCGAUGAUCGUGCUGUUGAGCUGCGAUCCGCAGAACCUGCCGACGGCGCCACCAAUCUUGACGAUGACGACCUCAUCCAGCUCAACAAGCUGAAGGAGAAAGCCCUCGAUAUGCACCACCGGGAAAUGUCUUAUCCCAGCAAUGCGCCAACCACCGAUGCUGAUACCUCUGAGAAUUUCGAUGAUCUCGUGCAAAAGCCCGCCGCUGACAACACAGUUCUGACCGUCUUCGGCCAAGCACCACAAGGACGACACCUGUUUUCCAGUCUUCCGAAACGGCACCAUGGCGGGGAUGCAGGCGGCGCGCCUAAGCCGCUGACCGAUGCGCAACUCCCGUAUGGUUUGUCCACGACAACCGUCCUUCCGCCAGCAGUGCAACAGAAACCCACUCGAGUGCCGACCUUGGGUGAACUAUUUCCCUCACAAGCCACGUUUCCCCCUGUGGAGGCACCGAAAUCGUCCAAGGCGCACAACAAGGGCAAGCUGUUGGGGUUCUAUCACCCCGAGCUGGCAGAACAGGCGACACACCGCCACGACAAGGACUCGUAUUUUGUCAAGGAGCUCACUACCGGCGUCUGGUUGGACUACAGCAAUGCAACGCCGGGCCGCAGGGACAAGGAUCACCAACGGGAUAUGACGCUUGACCAGAAGCCUUCUUCCUCUUCUUCGAUUGACGUCGAGAUCACGGAGAUGGAAGCUCUGUUCCGCGGCGCCUUCUCGAGCUUUGCACCGGAGAAGGACGACGGUGGUGCGGUCAUUUCGUCGGGCGAGGUUGGCCGUGUGUGGUACCAGCGCCUAGGAUACCGGUACAUGCAACAGCUGAUCGCCGCUGAACUGGCUGACGACGUAAACGCCGAGGCGGACCCUUCAGUUGCUAUCACCGACAUCGAGGAAGAAGAGAUUGCCAAGGCUAUUGAGAAUUGGGAUGACAGCCUCGUCGACCCGAGCCUGACUGGUGAUGAUGAGGCGCUGGCCAAGAAGACGGAGGUAGAGAAGGAGCUCGAUGACACUCUGCAGGAGAUUUCGGAUCUCAUCGAGACGUUGUCAUCCUACCAGAGAAACCGACAUCUGACAUUGCCGACCAGCCAGAACCGGGGCGCGGCUGACCCCACCAAGCCCGAUAACAUGCUUGGCUCGCCAUUCCAGGAGCCCUCUGAGGAAGAAAGAGAGACAUACGAGAUGCUUAAGGACCAGCUUGCAGUGAUUGUCUCCGGCCUGCCCCCGUAUGCCGUGGCUCGCCUGAACUCCGACAAGCUGGAGGAGCUGAGUGUGAGCACCAAGAUUGAGGUGAGGAGCGACGUGUACAAGGGUGUGAUGGAAGAGGAUGAGGCCGCCGCGAGGCUCCGGCAGCACCAGCAGCAACAAGCGGCGCAGGCCGCACAGACCCCGAGACAGCCACAACGGACCCCGAGCUACCAAAACGCCACGCCGUACCAAUCCGGCCAGCAGUUUAAUCACCGCCAGUUCCAGAUGCCCAACCAGACACCACAGCAGCCACAGCCCGGUAUGCAGCCUCAAUAUCAACAACAGCCUGGCAACAUGACGCCGCACAUGAAUGGAACGAUGCAGACGAGGACUAUGUCUCCACAAAUGUCACCACCAUACCAGAGCGCGCAGGGUUAUUCGCCACGACCUGGCCAACCGCCUAUGCCUCAGGCGCGGCCUUCUUACGGGACGCCCGGACAGCCAGGUGGACAUCCUACAGGCAUUCCUCGCUAUCCUUCGAAUGGUGCGCAGCCCAGCUCUCAAAGUGCUGGGCCGGCAGUGGCGCAGCAGCCUGCAUGGGCUGGUCAGAUGUCACCGGAGCAGCGGUAUCAACAUCAACUGCAGCAAAGGAACCAAGCCAUUGGACGCAUCAAUCAAUUUAACGAGAAGAUGCAGCAAAGCCACCACGCUGGUUCUGCGAAUCAUCACGGUGUUGCCGGCCUAGGCGGGAUCGGCCUUGGAGGGCCUCCCGUAGAUUAUCAGAAGCUGGCACAAUUCCGAGCCAAUAUGCCCGGCGGCAUAGGUCAAACCUCACCAAGUCCUAGGCUGUCGGGCGCGGCUGCACCACCUCCCCCUGCUGGCAUGAACGGUGUACCUCAACAGAUGACGUCGCCGAGCCCGGGUCCCAUGCAGGGAGCCACACCCUCGCCAGCACCGUCUGCAAAUGUACAGGCGAAACCACCAACUCCUGUCUGAUACCUAUCAUACCGGACGGGAUUAUCAAAGCUAGAUGUUAGACGGAAAAGAUUGGGAUGAGUGUACGAUGUCACAGCAUCAUGGGAGAUUUUUGGGGCGGGGCGGAGGGGGCAGACAUUCUUUGACAAAUCCCCAUACCCGGGUCAAGUCGCGGCGUUCUGAGAGUUUUGACCUUCUGUCUGGCUUGUUACCAGUUUUGUUCUUUAAAAUGGGAGGGAUUGGUCAUGUUCUUCUCUCUAUCUCUGUUGGGCUGAAGAGGCAGAUCACUAUGCUUUUGAUUCAAAGGACCCGGGGGGGGAGGGGGCAGGAAAGCGGAGUUCAAUACGGUUGUGUAUGUUGUUGCGCGUACCUCCCUAUACCAUAUCCAUCCCCCUUUUUACCGGGUGGACUAUGUACAAGAAUCUUUCCUUUCCUUUCUCUCUUCUUCUUGUUGCUAGGCCUUGAUGUGGAUAUUAUGUAAUUGAAGAAUGCAGCC